AAGCCAGCUUGGCUCGAAGUUCCGCAGAAGAAUCUCUGUGCCAGUCGCAGCCGCCCGCCUGCCAGCCAUGCUCUCCGUGGCUCGCACCACAUGCCGCGCCACGCGCUCCGCCUGCGCGGCUCAGGGGCGGGCGUUCUCCGUUGCCGUUGACCCGAUCGUGGCGCGAGCUCGUGAGAUGCAGGCCACGCCGUACAGCGAGGCCAAGGAGGGAAAGAUCGUCGCCCCAGCGUACGACGGCUGGGACGCCAAUCUUCAGGCGCAGGUCGAGAAGCUGACAACGGGGAAGAAGCAGCCGCGAGCCUACUCCGAGAUCUGCGACUCCGCGCUCGACCUGAUCGGCUUCACACCCAUGGUCCGCAUGUCGCGGCUUGCGAAGUUCUUCGACAUCGAGUGCGAGUUGCUCGCAAAGGUGGAGUUCUUCAACGCGGGUGGCUCUGUGAAGGAUCGCAUAGGGAAGCGCAUGGUGGAGGAGGCCGAGAAGAGCGGGCGCAUCAAGCCUGGGGACACGCUGAUCGAGGCCACCAGCGGUAACACGGGCAUCGGCCUCUCGCUGACCGCGGCGUUGAAGGGCUACAAGAUGAUCAUCUGUCUCCCGAAGAAGAUGUCUGGCGAGAAGGUCAACACCAUGAAGUGCCUGGGCGCGGAGAUCUUGCGCACGCCCACCGAGGCGGCCUGGGACGCCGAGGACUCUCACAUAUUCUUGUCGGCCCGGCUUGCGAAGGAAUUGAACGGGCACGUCCUCGACCAGUACUUGAACCCCGGCAACCCGCUCGCCCACUACGAUGGCACCGGCGAGGAGAUCGUCGAGCAGACGGGCGGCAAGCUCGACUACAUGAUCAUGUCCGCGGGCACUGGUGGCACGGUCUCGGGGACCGCGAAGAAGCUGAAGGAGAAGAUCCCUGGGGUUAAGAUCGUGGCGGUGGACCCGUACGGCAGCAUCUUGGCUGAGCCUGCCGAGAUGAACGAGGGAUCUGCGCGCACUGGACAGAAGAAGUUGUCUGCCUACCAGGUGGAGGGUAUCGGCUACGACUUCAUCCCCACCGUGCUGGACCGCAGCGUCGCGGACUACUGGGUGAAGACAGACGACGACGAGGCGUUCGCAGCAAUGAGGGCCAUCAUUCGGCACGAGGGCCUGCUCAUCGGCAGCAGCUGCGGAUCGACGAUGGCUGGCGCGGUCCGCUUCAUCAAGGAGCAGGGCAUCGGCGCGGGCAAGCGCGUCGCCGUGCUCUUCGCAGAUUCCUCCCGGAACUACAUGAGCAAGAUGAUGGACGACGACUGGAUCAAGAAGACCGGCUUCGACCCGGAGAUCACCGUGCGGGCCGCGACGGAGAAGGGCUUCUACGCCAAGCAGUUCGGGCUCAAGGCGUAGGGUCAGCUUCGAGUGUGCAGGCUUGCCACGCGUCGCACGUACUCUGGCUGGGAGGCGGCCGCAGCUUCUCCGCGUGUGCUUGUGCGCUCGAUCCAUGUCACGCGUUGCCCAGACGUGGAAGCGAGCAAUCAAUCUGGCGGUAUGGCGCACUGUCGAACUGUACAGGGACACAUGCCGUUCAGACCAAUACCCGAUCUGCUGUGGGCAGCAGCCCAAUGGCGCUUGACUCUCAUGGCAAGUCAAUUUCUUCGAAGUCACACGAGCUAGCAUUUUUGUGUUUUGGCCGCAGCCAUUUCGCUGCUGGAGUCUGUUACUUGUCCUGGUAGGCCCACACUCCGGAGCAUUCUCCUUCCGUGUUCUUCCCCAAGGCCUGAUCGUAAUUUCCCAUACCCCGUUCUUCCUACCCCUCUUCCUCAUCGUCCGUCUUGUCGUCAUCCCCCUUCCUCAUCUCCCGAGACUCCUCCCAUCCUCGUCUUCAUGUUGCGCCUUUCAGUUUACGCAUUUGCUUCCCGAGGCUAUCCCCCUCAUCGUCAUGCUGGGUCUAUCAGCUUGUUUGCUCUUCCACGGGUGGGGGUGCGCUGCCGCUUGCCCCGCCCAGGGAAGGUGCCCAACGGGGCCGGCACUAUUGCCACGGACGACGUCGAGCGAAGGAAAA